AUGAAUGAAUUUCGUAUCACUCUCAUCAAUGAUCCCACUGAUGAAUUUCCCAACAAGAAAAAUAACAGUUUUAAAGUCCGUUUACCCACCAUAUUGAAUUUACCGGGAGACACUUGGCAAGCGAGUUUAUGGAGUGUCUCCGUGGCUGACGAGGGACAUAGUCCCACCGUUAUUUCCUCUAAUCAGGAUAUAGGGUUAAUCAAAUAUCGUUAUACUUUCACCCAACGUUAUCAAGCAGCGGAUAAUUCAUGGUUGGUGGACUUUAAAGCCAAAGAAAAAGAGGUGAUCUUAAAGGACGUGAUGGACAAAUCGUGA